AUGGAUUCAUCAAAGCCCCAAGCCAACGUAGCUUUGUACUUUACGAGCUUUUCUCUCUUUCCUGAAGAGAUACAGCUUAAAAUUUGGUUCCACGCGCUUCCAGAGGGACAACUCGUCUACCAGGAUUCUAAAGGGCCAUUCCAACCACCAAAGCCCUCCGCGCUAUACUACGCCUGUCUCGAUUCUCGCGAGGUCUAUCUUAAACAUUAUAAGCAACUCUACCUUCACGAUCGAACCUGCCCUUUUGUGGGGACCAAAGGAAAAACUUACCGUUCGUUCUACAACCCUAUAAAGGAUACACUUGUAUACACAUGUACGGAUCACCUCUUACUUCAAGAAAUCAGUGGAUGUUGUAGCGCAGAAAGUGACUUGCUCUCUCAAGCUCGUUACAUCGCCUUUGUAGCUGGUCGAGAAUGUUAUCCUUCAUACAGAUCGCCUACAUUGCACAAUCCCAGGUAUAGGCCAUUGGCUAUAUCACCAGAAUUUGGAUUUGGAGUCUGGAAGUAUGUCUACGAGCAUUUCCUCUAUAACAAUCCUGUAGUUGAAUUUGUUACCUAUCUGGUCGGAAGGCAGACGAUUCGCAAGACUGCUAGAUUAUACCCUGGGAUGAGGUUGGUUAAGACGCUAAAAGAGUUCGGCGAGCAUCGAUCGGGUGAGUGGAAGUACUGGAACAUGGUCGCGAAGAGUAAUCAUGAACACACGAUCAAUGAUAUUCGCAGUGGUUUCGAGGAGUGGAAAGAGAUGCAUCCAGAGGUGAAAAUUCCGCGAAUCGAGUUGGCAUUCCCGAGGAAAAAGCAAAUGUCAAGCUAG